UCGAAUCCCCUCAAUGGCGGGGUGCGCGGUCGCACUGAUGAAAACCGAGCCGCGGCUCUUAUGCACAGUUCAUUAUCUAGCUUCACACGGGUCUUAUUAUCUGUGUCGAUUGUAGGCUAUGUGCUGCCGGUGAGAAAAUAAUUUAUAUUUUCUAUUAAGUUGCCUUCUGUAUUUAAUGAUAUCUUUUCAGCUACAUAGAGAGGUUGUUUUCAGUUUACAGUCACUGUCAGAGCAUGGAACCUUUGCGGAAAGAGGCGAAGGAUAAUCCAUCGGCUACAGCUAAUCUUCUUUCCAAGAUUUUCUUCUGCUGGCUGAAUCCUUUAUUCCGUAUUGGCUAUAAGCGGAGGCUAGAGGAACAUGACAUGUACAAAGUUCUCCCAGAGGAUGGAUCUGAGAGACUAGGGGAAGAUUUACAGUGGUACUGGGAUCAAGAAGUACAGAGGGCUGCUAAGGACCUGCGGACACCCAAACUAACCAAAGUCCUCAUUGCGUGCUAUUGGCGGUCCUAUUCUGUCAUAGGAAUAUUUACUCUCAUUGAGGAAAUUAUCAAAGUGAUUCAGCCAGUACUUCUUGGGAAGCUCAUCCGGUAUUUUGAGAGCUAUGACCCUGACAAUAUGGAUGCUCUGUAUGAGGCCUGUGGCUAUGCUGCAGGCGUCUCCCUGUCCACCCUGGGUCUGGCUGCUCUGCACCACCUCUACUUCUACCACGUGCAGCGAGCCGGCAUGAAGAUCCGGGUGGCCAUGUGUCACAUGAUCUAUCGGAAGGCCCUCUGUCUUAACAGCACAGCGCUGGGAAAAACCACCACUGGACAAAUCGUCAACCUCUUAUCCAACGACGUCAACAAGUUUGAUGAGGUCACUAUCUUUUUGCACUUCCUCUGGGUGGGUCCUCUACAAGCAGCAGCUGUGAUGGUGUUGUUAUGGUAUGAGAUCGGCCCAUCAUGCCUUGCAGGAAUGGCCGUCCUGGUCUUCCUGAUGCCUAUACAGACUCUGUUUGGUCGCCUGUUCUCCUCUUUCAGGGGCACAACCGCAGCCUUGACAGACAACAGAAUACGCACAAUGAAUGAAGUGGUCUCUGGGAUCCGGAUCAUCAAGAUGUAUGCCUGGGAGAAGCCUUUUGCAGCUCUGGUAGAUGAAGUCAGAAGGAAGGAGAUCUCCAAGAUCAUGAAGAGCUCUUACCUGAGAGGCCUCAACAUGGCCUCCUUCUUUGUGGCCAGCAAGAUCAUAGUCUUCAUCACCUUCACUGUCUAUGUGUUGAUGGGGAACAGGAUCUCUGCCAGCCGGGUAUUUGUGGCCGUUUCUCUGUACGGGGCUGUGAGACUCUCCGUCACCCUCUUCUUCCCCAAUGCCGUAGAGAAGGUCUCUGAGGCUCUCAUCAGCAUCCGCAGGAUCAAGAAUUUUCUUAUGUUGGAGGAAGUUGGUUCGACGCAGGAUCUUGGACUCCCUGUGGCAGAGAAGAAGGACUGUAUGGUGGAAAUAAAGGAUUUAAUCUGCUUCUGGAACAAGGCACUAGACUCUCCGACGCUGCAGAACCUGUCUUUCACUUUGAGGUCAGAGCAACUCCUGGCUGUCAUUGGACCAGUCGGGGCUGGAAAGUCCUCUCUACUCAGCACCAUCCUGGGGGAGCUGACCCCGGAUAAGGGCGUGGUCAAGUUCAAAGGUGAACUGACCUAUGCAUCCCAGCAGCCCUGGAUUUUCCCAGGGACCAUCAGGAGUAACAUCCUGUUUGGCAAAGCGCUCCACCCUCAGAAGUAUGAGAGGGUUCUCCGAGCCUGCGCCCUCAAGAGAGACAUGGAGCUGCUGCCUGAUGGGGACCUGGAGGUGAUAGGGGACAGAGGAGCCACCCUCAGCGGGGGACAGAAGGCCCGGGUCAGCCUGGCCAGAGCAGUGUACCAGGAUGCGGAUAUCUACCUGCUGGAUGACCCUCUCAGUGCUGUGGAUGCUGAGGUGGGGAAACACCUCUUUGAGCAGUGUAUCUGUGGCCUGUUGCGGAAGAAGCCGCGCAUCCUUGUCACCCACCAGCUGCAGUACCUGAAGGCUGCAGACCAGAUCCUCGUUCUGAAGGAAGGUCACAUGGUGGCGCGGGGUACGUUCACGGAACUCCAGGGCUCUGGAUUAGACUUCACCUCGCUGCUGAAAAAGGAUGAGGAGGAUGAGGAGGAGGGGAAGGGGGGCACAGAGCCUGCCCCAGGCACACUCACCGGCUCCCCACACACCCUUUCCCAGAGCUCUAUGCCCUCCCUCUCCUCCUCCAUGCAUUCUGUGAUGGAGGGAGUGGACCAACCAGAGCCAGUGCAACACGUGUUGGAGGAGAGUCGUUCAGAGGGAACCAUCGGUCUCUAUCUUUAUCUGAAGUACUUCAGAGCAGGUGCUAACAACUUGGUUCUCCUGGUCCUAGUUUUCCUUAACCUGCUGGCACAUAUCACAUAUAUUCUACAGGAUUGGUGGCUUGCUUACUGGGCCUCUGAACAGGAGCAUCUCAAUGUGACGGAGCCCAUCCACAAUGGCAGCAGUGCCACUCAGCAGCUGGACCUUGACCUUUACUUGGGUGUUUACGCAGGUUUAACCGGGGCCACCAUCAUAUUUGGCUUCCUGCGUAGUCUUGUGUUCUUCAACGUUCUGGUGAACUCAGCCCAGACCCUCCACAACCGCAUGUUCACCGCCAUCCUCCGCACCCCUGUCCGCUUCUUUGACGUCAAUCCCAUUGGAAGAAUCCUCAACAGGUUCUCUAAGGACAUUGGUUACUUGGACUCCCUGAUGCCCUGGACCUUUGUGGACUUUAUCCAGGUGUUCCUGCAGAUCCUGGGGGUGAUCAUCGUGGCGGCCGCCGUCAUCCCCUGGAUCCUCAUCCCCGUCGUCCCUCUACUCGUCGUCUUCCUGUUCCUGCGACGCUACUUCCUGCAGACCUCCAGGGACAUCAAGCGCCUGGAGUCCACUACCCGGAGCCCAGUUUUCUCCCACCUGUCCUCAUCCCUCCAAGGUCUGUGGACCAUCCGUGCCUUUAAAGCCCAGCAGAGGUUCCAGCAGGCAUUUGACGCACAUCAAGACCUCCACUCCGAGGCCUGGUUCCUAUUCCUGACCACAUCCCGAUGGUUCGCUCUGCGUCUGGAUGGCAUCUGCUCCAUAUUUGUCACCCUCACUACCUUUGGCUGCCUGUUCCUCAGGGAUGACUUGAAGGCAGGUGCUGUGGGCCUGGCUCUGUCCUAUGCAGUAACACUCGUCGGCAUGUUUCAGUGGGGAGUCAGACAGAGUGCAGAGGUGGAGAACAUGAUGACUUCUGUGGAAAGGGUGGUGGAGUACACAGAACUGGAGAGCGAAGCACCUUGGGAGACAGACAAACGGCCUCCGCCUGAUUGGCCCCAGCAUGGUUUCAUCACCUUCGACCAGGUCAACUUCUCCUACUAUGCGGACAGUCCUCCGGUCCUAAAGGAUAUUACUGCUGUCUUCAGAUCCAGAGAAAAGGUUGGCAUCGUGGGGCGGACUGGCGCUGGUAAAAGCUCCCUGAUCUCUGCUCUGUUCCGUCUGGCUGAACCUGAUGGCAGGAUUUCCAUCGACGGCGUUCACACCGCCGAGAUCGGCCUGCAUACCCUGCGCCAGAGAAUCUCCAUCAUCCCCCAGGACCCGGUUCUCUUCACGGGCACCAUGAGGAAGAAUCUGGACCCUUUCAGCCAGCACACAGACGAGGACCUGUGGAAUGCACUGGGAGAGGUGCAGCUGAGGACCGUGGUGGAGGAGCUGCCUGGGAGGCUGGAGACCGUGCUGGCUGAGUCGGGCUCCAACUUCAGCGUGGGGCAGAGGCAGCUAGUCUGUCUGGCCAGGGCCAUCCUCAGACGGAACAAAAUCCUCAUCAUCGAUGAGGCCACCGCUAACGUGGACCCCAGAACCGACGGCCUUAUCCAGCAGACCAUCCGGGAGAAGUUCAGGGAGUGUACUGUGCUCACCAUCGCCCACCGACUCAACACUAUCAUCGACUGUGACCGGAUCCUGGUUCUAGAUGCUGGGAGGAUCCAGGAAUAUGAUGAGCCCUACGUUCUGCUUCAGAACCAGGAAGGAGUGUUCUACCAGACGGUCCAGCAAACUGGCAAGGCAGAGGCAGCCUCUCUGCUCCAUGCAGCCAAACAGGUUCAUAUGAACAAAAGCCAUCCCAAUGUGAUCAACGGACUGACGGACCUAAGACCGUCCGAGGGGAGCUGUGUCAUCUUUGAGACGGCCCUGUGACACCGUUGUCUGACCUUUUCACCCCUGUAAUGUGGCCCUCUGUGCUGGCCACACCAUGAGGAUGCCUCACACACUGUACCAGAGGUGACCAAAUAUUAUCCAGCUCUUGAUUUCACAAUGCCUUCUUCAACACCGCUGGCAAAGGUGUGGCGAUCAGGCGUUUUGCUUUAGCACUUUUCAGUUAUAUGGGGCAGUGCCCCACCAGUUAUGAUUUGGGUUAAUACUUCUUUUUAAAUACGCAAAAGUUUUAAAACAGGGACAAAGUAGGCCUACUGUUUUUUGAUUUUCUUUUUUUAGACUCACCUGCCUUGCCUCCUAAUCUGUCAAUUCGCACACUAUGUCCUUCUCAUCGGAGUGCUGUGUGGGUGUUGACCUGUCAGAUUCAUGAAAAUCACAGGUCACGCGAAUCAGGCAUGACGCACGUCUAUAGACUCGGAUAUUAUUUUAGCAAACAGGGUAAGAACUCACUCCCGACAGACCCAAGCAAAACCUCUUUACAGAAACAUUGUAGCAGCCUACACCUAAACAUUAGUGAUCUGACAUGCUGUAUCAGUCUGAGCAACUGUAGGCCUCUAUGCGACCUGUCCCAUCUGGCUAGGGGAAAUGAAGCGGUAACGUUCACAGCCUAAGCCAAUUUAUUUGUGUUAAGAGAAAUUGUGAAUAUGAUCCAAUUUGGGAUGGAACUUUUGGGGGGGGGGG